ACUUGCUUAGAUCCAACCAGGGACACUUAUCUUGGACUGUUUAUUAGGAUGAAUAUUGAUACAAGAAUACUAUCAUGUCUUUUUUUAUUGGUACACUUCUACUUUGCACAGAGAGAUUUUGCACCAUAUUUUUAUGACAAUGGGGCCCAUAGUAACCAUGGUAAUCUGGCAUUAUUCAGUCUUUCAGAGGACACACCAAAGGGAACACAUAUAUAUGUUCUGAAUGGAACUGAUCCAGAGGGACAGCCUGUAAGAUAUGGCCUAGGCUUUGAUACAGGUUCUAAAGAAUAUUUCAGUGUUGAUCCCGUAUCUGGAGUUGUUACUCUGAUAGAGGAACUUGACAGAGAGAUACAGGAUGAAAUUGAGGUCCUUGUCAAUAUUUCAGAUGGCCUUAAUAAAGUAGCAGAAAAAGUGAGAGUGUUUGUGAUGGAUGCCAAUGAUGAAGAGCCAAGGUUUGAGAACCUGCCAUCAACUGUGGAUGUGCCAGAGAGCACACCCUCUGGGAGCAGUAUAUUUAAAGUGCAGGCUGUGGAUAAGGACACAGGCUCAGGUGGAUCUGUCACCUACUUUCUUCAAAGCACUGGAUCAAACACUAAGUUUGCGAUUAACCGCCACAGUGGAGUGAUAAGGAUAAAAGAGAGUGAGACUCUUGACUAUGAGAGUGUGAGAACACAUUUCGUGACUGUGUUAGCAAAGGAUGGAGGUGGAUAUUAUAAUGGAAGGGAACAGGUGAUGUCAUCUACUGCCACCUUGACAAUUAAUGUGAUUGACAGUCAGGACUCUCCUCCCAAUUUUGUUGGUACACCAUACUUUGGCUAUGUCUAUGAAGUCUCUUCACCUGGAUCUGAAAUAUUAACUGUUUUUGCCAAAGAUGGGGAUGUAGAAACUCCUAAUUUAAUAGUUUAUUCAAUUGAAAAUGGAGCCAAUGAUGUAUUUGGCAUCAAUGAAUCAAGUGGCUGCAUAACCCUCUUAGCCUAUCCAGACAAUUUAAGGAAGGAAGUGUUUAAUAUCCAGGUCAAGGCUUCAGAGGUGAAUUCACAGGGAGAUGUCAUGGACUUUGCUAUCACCACUGUAAUAAUUCAAGUUGUGGACUUAAACAAUCAUUCCCCUACCUUUUAUGGAGAGACUGGCCCACAGGAGACUUUCGAGUUGACCAUGUAUGAACAUCCUCCAGAGGGAGAGAUACUGAGGGGCUUGAGGAUUACGGUCAAUGACUCAGACCAGGAUGCAAAUGCAAAGUUCAGCCUAAGGUUGGUGGGGCCGGGUCGUAUGUUGCGAAUAGUCCCAGAGACUGUGCUUAAUGAAGCUCAAGUCACUUUAUUAGUAGAAAACUCAACUGCAAUAGACUACGAGAAAUUCCAGUUUCUAACAUUUAAGAUUCUUGCAGUGGAAAUUGACACCCCUGAGAGAUUCAGUGCCACUGCUGAUUUAGUCAUACACUUGCUUGACACUAAUGAUAAUGCUCCGAAGUUCUCCUCUGAUAUCUAUAUUGCCCGAAUCCCAGAAAAUUCACCAGGUGGCUCCAAUGUUGUCUCUGUGACAGCUAAAGAUCCAGACUCUGGUUUGUGGGGUGUGGUCAAAUAUUCCAUCUAUGGCUCAGGAUCAGAUCUUUUUAUCAUCCAGACAGAUUCAGGGAUCAUCUACACCCAGCUCUGGGCCAAUCUAGAUGCAGAGGUGAAAUCCAAGUACAAUUUCUUUGUUAAGGCUGAGGACACUGAUGGAAAAUACAGCCUUGCUGAAGUUUUCGUCACAGUUCUGGACCUCAAUGAUCAUCCACCAGAGUUCAAUGAAAAUAUUUUAGAGAAAACAAUGAUUAUUGGUGCACCGGUGAAAAUAGAGGCAAUAGACGAUGAUGCAGAGAAGCCAAACAAUGUUAUUGAGUAUUCCAUCAUGAAAGCAGAACCGGACAAUAUAUUUGACAUCGAUGCAGACACAGGAGAAAUUAAAUUGAAGCCCUACAUCAAGUCAAUGGACAUAGUGCAAAACAUCACAAAUCAGAAAGACUGCACCUGGUCUGUGGUUGUCCAGGCCAAAGACAGAGGGUCCCCAUCUUUCAGUACAACUACACUAGUGAAAAUUGAUAUUACUGAAGCAAUCAAAUCCAGAAUCAUUUCCUACUUCUUGAGCCUAAGAACCCAACCCUGGACUGUUUUUGCUAUUUGUUUUAGCAUACUCAUCCUUAUUGUCUCAUUGAUCAUUUUAAUUUCUACCAUAAGUUACUGGAAGUCUGUAAAAAAGUCCCGGGUCCUCCCACAGUGCAAGAUCAGAAAGAUUACAAGGAGGCCCUAAUUAUAAUUUUCUCUUCAAUCACUGCACAAAUGCAUUUUGCCACCAUUGCCAGUGUUGUCUUUAUUUUUUUCAUUAAUUUUUCCUUAUUCAUUUCACUUUGAGUUGACAAAUCACAAAUGCUGUCUGUAAAAGAGGGGAAGUGGCAGACCACUGUAACAAUAAUACUUUUGAAAUAUGACUAAAAACAUUCUUUGAAGUUAAAAUUCAUAAUAGUUAAGACUCAAUGUAAUUGUGGGUGCCUUUGUCAUCCCUUCUGAUCUUGUAAUACUAUGAUGUUCAAAUUCUUUUUUAUUAAGUUCUACAUCAUGUUACCAAUUGUAAAUUAUUACUGGAUUAAUUACCUUUUUGAACUAUCCCUUCUAUUCAUCCACACAUAAUUUGCUGUAAUAUUGUUAGCAUAAGAGUAUUAAUGCUUAAAGUGUGUGAAAUAUUUUUUAACACCACAAAUAUUAGCUGUAGCCUAUUUUUUACAUGCCUUCAACCCUAUGGACUUGAUGUUUCUUUGUGCUCUUUUACAGACUCAACUCAAUGGCCCAUUCACAUCCUUUUUAAUGAAAACUAGAGAAAAUCCCAUGCAAAUCCUUGGCAUGUUGGCAGUUGUCAUUAUAGCUUUGGUGUUUGUAACAGUAAUAAUUUCUAUGGCUAUUUUCAUGCGUAAUCAAAGGUCUAACAAGAUCAUGCCUUCUCGGCGGAUCAUCAGGA